AUGACAACACCACCUGUCGCGGAGAGCGAGGCAGUCUGCCUGCCACUGUCCACCCGCAUCACAGAGCCACCUGUUGGCGGCGUAGCGAGUGCGGGCGGCAGUCCCAGGCCGGUACCCACGCUCCUGACAGAUGGCGGGCGGGAAGCGCCUGCGUUAGCCGAACGACGUGGCCAGCAUACGCCACUGGGAGCCGUGGCCGGCGCGGGCAGCGGCGAGCCCCGGCCUUUGCCUAACACUGCGCCUCUGGCCGCAGCGACGCGUUCGGCGGCAGGCGUCGGCAGCGUGCUGCCUUCACCUCCCGAACUUGGGCUCGGCACUCGUGGCGACGCGGUUGACGUCGCAGAGCGUAUCGGUAGUGGGAUGCCAGACCACCUCGGCGUGCGCACACACAGUACGCACAACGCGGGGGUAGCAACCACCGCCGUCCUGGGUGUCACCGACGCCUGCACACUCACACAGGGUGACGCCUUGGUGACGAAGCAGAUCCCGCAGCGGAAGACCUCCGCCGGCAGCGUCACCACAAGCUCCAUUGUUCAGGUCGCGGACCUGAAACAGGGAAAUAAGCGCGACCUCUUCCCGGUGCAGAAAUCAGUCCGCGGCGACCAAACGGCGGCGGCGGCGGCGGCGGCGAGCACCGGCAGGCCGCGACCAAACGGCGGCGGCGGCGGCGGCGGCGAGCACCGGCAGGCCGCGACCAAACGGCGGCGGCGGCGGCGAGCACCGGCAGGCGGCGACCAAACGGCGGCGGCGGCGGCGAGCACCGGCAGGCGGCGACCAAACGGCGGCGGCGGCGGCGAGCACCGGCAGGCGGCGACCAAACGGCGGCGGCGGCGGCGAGCACCGGCAGGCGGCGACCAAACGGCGGCGGCGGCGGCGAGCACCGGCAGGCGGCGACCAAACGGCGGCGGCGGCGAGCACCGGCAGGCGGCGACCAAACGGCGGCGGCGGCGGCGGCGAGCACCGGCAGGCGGCGACCAAACGGCGGCGGCGGCGGCGGCGAGCACCGGCAGGCGGCGACCAAACGGCGGCGGCGGCGGCGGCGAGCACCGGCAGGCGGCGACCAAACGGCGGCGGCGGCGGCGGCGAGCACCGGCAGGCGGCGACCAAACGGCGGCGGCGGCGGCGGCGAGCACCGGCAGGCGGCGACCAAACGGCGGCGGCGGCGGCGGCGAGCACCGGCAGGCGGCGACCAAACGGCGGCGGCGGCGGCGAGCACCGGCAGGCGGCGACCAAACGGCGGCGGCGGCGGCGGCGGCGAGCACCGGCAGGCGGCGACCAAACGGCGGCGGCGGCGGCGGCGAGCACCGGCAGGCGGCGACCAAACGGCGGCGGCGGCGGCGGCGGCGGCAGCGAGCACCGGCAGGCGGCGACCAAACGGCGGCGGCGGCGGCGGCGAGCACCGGCAGGCGGCGACCAAACGGCGGCGGCGGCGGCGGCGAGCACCGGCAGGCGGCGACCAAACGGCGGCGGCGGCGGCGGCGAGCACCGGCAGGCGGCGACCAAACGGCGGCGGCGGCGGCGGCGAGCACCGGCAGGCGGCGACCAAACGGCGGCGGCGGCGGCGGCGAGCACCGGCAGGCGGCGACCAAACGGCGGCGGCGGCGGCGGCGAGCACCGGCAGGCGGCGACCAAACGGCGGCGGCGGCGGCGGCGAGCACCGGCAGGCGGCGACCAAACGGCGGCGGCGGCGGCGGCGAGCACCGGCAGGCGGCGACCAAACGGCGGCGGCGGCGGCGGCGAGCACCGGCAGGCGGCGACCAAACGGCGGCGGCGGCGGCGGCGGCGAGCACCGGCAGGCGGCGACCAAACGGCGGCGGCGGCGGCGGCGGCGGCGGCGAGCACCGGCAGGCGGCGACCAAACGGCGGCGGCGGCGGCGGCGGCGGCGAGCACCGGCAGGCGGCGACCAAACGGCGGCGGCGGCGGCGGCGGCGGCGAGCACCGGCAGGCGGCGACCAAACGGCGGCGGCGGCGGCGGCGAGCACCGGCAGGCGGCGACCAAACGGCGGCGGCGGCGGCGGCGAGCACCGGCAGGCGGCGACCAAACGGCGGCGGCGGCGGCGGCGAGCACCGGCAGGCGGCGACCAAACGGCGGCGGCGGCGGCGGCGGCGGCGGCGGCGGCGGCGACCAAACGGCGGCGGCGGCGGCGGCGAGCACCGGCAGGCGGCGACCAAACGGCGGCGGCGGCGGCGGCGAGCACCGGCAGGCGGCGACCAAACGGCGGCGGCGGCGGCGGCGAGCACCGGCAGGCGGCGACCAAACGGCGGCGGCGGCGGCGGCGAGCACCGGCAGGCGGCGACCAAACGGCGGCGGCGGCGGCGGCGAGCACCGGCAGGCGGCGACCAAACGGCGGCGGCGGCGGCGGCGAGCACCGGCAGGCGGCGACCAAACGGCGGCGGCGGCGGCGGCGGCGGCGGCGGCGGCGGCGAGCACCGGCAGGCGGCGACCAAACGGCGGCGGCGGCGGCGGCGGCGAGCACCGGCAGGCGGCGACCAAACGGCGGCGGCGGCGGCGGCGGCGAGCACCGGCAGGCGGCGACCAAACGGCGGCGGCGGCGGCGGCGGCGAGCACCGGCAGGCGGCGACCAAACGGCGGCGGCGGCGGCGGCGGCGAGCACCGGCAGGCGGCGACCAAACGGCGGCGGCGGCGGCGGCGAGCACCGGCAGGCGGCGACCAAACGGCGGCGGCGGCGGCGGCGAGCACCGGCAGGCGGCGACCAAACGGCGGCGGCGGCGGCGGCGAGCACCGGCAGGCGGCGACCAAACGGCGGCGGCGGCGGCGGCGAGCACCGGCAGGCGGCGACCAAACGGCGGCGGCGGCGGCGAGCACCGGCAGGCGGCGACCAAACGGCGGCGGCGGCGGCGGCGGCGAGCACCGGCAGGCGGCGACCAAACGGCGGCGGCGGCGGCGGCGAGCACCGGCAGGCGGCGACCAAACGGCGGCGGCGGCGGCGGCGGCGGCAGCGAGCACCGGCAGGCGGCGACCAAACGGCGGCGGCGGCGGCGGCGAGCACCGGCAGGCGGCGACCAAACGGCGGCGGCGGCGGCGGCGAGCACCGGCAGGCGGCGACCAAACGGCGGCGGCGGCGGCGGCGAGCACCGGCAGGCGGCGACCAAACGGCGGCGGCGGCGGCGAGCACCGGCAGGCGGCGACCAAACGGCGGCGGCGGCGGCGGCGGCGAGCACCGGCAGGCGGCGACCAAACGGCGGCGGCGGCGGCGGCGAGCACCGGCAGGCGGCGACCAAACGGCGGCGGCGGCGGCGGCGGCGGCAGCGAGCACCGGCAGGCGGCGACCAAACGGCGGCGGCGGCGGCGGCGAGCACCGGCAGGCGGCGACCAAACGGCGGCGGCGGCGGCGGCGAGCACCGGCAGGCGGCGACCAAACGGCGGCGGCGGCGGCGGCGAGCACCGGCAGGCGGCGACCAAACGGCGGCGGCGGCGGCGGCGAGCACCGGCAGGCGGCGACCAAACGGCGGCGGCGGCGGCGGCGAGCACCGGCAGGCGGCGACCAAACGGCGGCGGCGGCGGCGGCGGCGGCGGCGGCGAGCACCGGCAGGCGGCGACCAAACGGCGGCGGCGGCGGCGGCGAGCACCGGCAGGCGGCGACCAAACGGCGGCGGCGGCGGCGGCGAGCACCGGCAGGCGGCGACCAAACGGCGGCGGCGGCGGCGGCGAGCACCGGCAGGCGGCGACCAAACGGCGGCGGCGGCGGCGGCGGCGAGCACCGGCAGGCGGCGACCAAACGGCGGCGGCGGCGGCGGCGGCGGCGAGCACCGGCAGGCGGCGACCAAACGGCGGCGGCGGCGGCGGCGAGCACCGGCAGGCGGCGACCAAACGGCGGCGGCGGCGGCGGCGAGCACCGGCAGGCGGCGACCAAACGGCGGCGGCGGCGGCGGCGAGCACCGGCAGGCGGCGACCAAACGGCGGCGGCGGCGGCGGCGGCGGCGGCGGCGGCGGCGACCAAACGGCGGCGGCGGCGGCGGCGAGCACCGGCAGGCGGCGACCAAACGGCGGCGGCGGCGGCGGCGAGCACCGGCAGGCGGCGACCAAACGGCGGCGGCGGCGGCGGCGAGCACCGGCAGGCGGCGACCAAACGGCGGCGGCGGCGGCGGCGAGCACCGGCAGGCGGCGACCAAACGGCGGCGGCGGCGGCGGCGAGCACCGGCAGGCGGCGACCAAACGGCGGCGGCGGCGGCGGCGAGCACCGGCAGGCGGCGACCAAACGGCGGCGGCGGCGGCGGCGGCGGCGGCGGCGGCGGCGGCGAGCACCGGCAGGCGGCGACCAAACGGCGGCGGCGGCGGCGGCGGCGAGCACCGGCAGGCGGCGACCAAACGGCGGCGGCGGCGGCGGCGGCGAGCACCGGCAGGCGGCGACCAAACGGCGGCGGCGGCGGCGGCGGCGAGCACCGGCAGGCGGCGACCAAACGGCGGCGGCGGCGGCGGCGAGCACCGGCAGGCGGCGACCAAACGGCGGCGGCGGCGGCGGCGAGCACCGGCAGGCGGCGACCAAACGGCGGCGGCGGCGGCGGCGAGCACCGGCAGGCGGCGACCAAACGGCGGCGGCGGCGGCGGCGAGCACCGGCAGGCGGCGACCAAACGGCGGCGGCGGCGGCGGCGAGCACCGGCAGGCGGCGACCAAACGGCGGCGGCGGCGGCGGCGAGCACCGGCAGGCGGCGACCAAACGGCGGCGGCGGCGGCGAGCACCGGCAGGCGGCGACCAAACGGCGGCGGCGGCGGCGAGCACCGGCAGGCCGCGACCAAACGGCGGCGGCGGCGGCGAGCACCGGCAGGCGGCGACCAAACGGCGGCGGCGGCGGCGAGCACCGGCAGGCGGCGACCAAACGGCGGCGGCGGCGGCGAGCACCGGCAGGCGGCGACCAAACGGCGGCGGCGGCGGCGAGCACCGGCAGGCGGCGACCAAACGGCGGCGGCGGCGGCGAGCACCGGCAGGCGGCGACCAAACGGCGGCGGCGGCGGCGAGCACCGGCAGGCGGCGACCAAACGGCGGCGGCGGCGGCGAGCACCGGCAGGCGGCGACCAAACGGCGGCGGCGGCGGCGGCGAGCACCGGCAGGCGGCGACCAAACGGCGGCGGCGGCGGCGGCGAGCACCGGCAGAGGGCGACCAAACGGCGGCGGCGGCGGCGGCGGCGAGCACCGGCAGGCGGCGACCAAACGGCGGCGGCGGCGGCGGCGGCGAGCACCGGCAGGCGGCGACCAAACGGCGGCGGCGGCGGCGAGCACCGGCAGGCGGCGACCAAACGGCGGCGGCGGCGGCGGCGGCGAGCACCGGCAGGCGGCGACCAAACGGCGGCGGCGGCGGCGGCAGCGAGCACCGGCAGGCGGCGACCAAACGGCGGCGGCGGCGGCGGCGGCGAGCACCGGCAGGCGGCGACCAAACGGCGGCGGCGGCGGCGGCGAGCACCGGCAGGCGGCGACCAAACGGCGGCGGCGGCGGCGGCGAGCACCGGCAGGCGGCGACCAAACGGCGGCGGCGGCGGCGGCGAGCACCGGCAGGCGGCGACCAAACGGCGGCGGCGGCGGCGGCGAGCACCGGCAGGCGGCGACCAAACGGCGGCGGCGGCGGCGGCGAGCACCGGCAGCACCGGCAGGCGGCGACCAAACGGCGGCGGCGGCGAGCACCGGCAGGCGGCGACCAAACGGCGGCGGCGGCGGCGGCGAGCACCGGCAGGCGGCGACCAAACGGCGGCGGCGGCGGCGGCGGCGGCGGCGGCGGCGGCGGCGGCGACCAAACGGCGGCGGCGGCGGCGGCGAGCACCGGCAGGUGGCGACCAAACGGCGGCGGCGGCGGCGGCGAGCACCGGCAGGCGGCGACCAAACGGCGGCGGCGGCGGCGGCGGCGAGCACCGGCAGGCGGCGACCAAACGGCGGCGGCGGCGGCGGCGAGCACCGGCAGGCGGCGACCAAACGGCGGCGGCGGCGGCGGCGAGCACCGGCAGGCGGCGACCAAACGGCGGCGGCGGCGGCGGCGAGCACCGGCAGGCGGCGACCAAACGGCGGCGGCGGCGGCGGCGAGCACCGGCAGGCGGCGACCAAACGGCGGCGGCGGCGGCGGCGAGCACCGGCAGGCGGCGACCAAACGGCGGCGGCGGCGGCGGCGAGCACCGGCAGGCGGCGACCAAACGGCGGCGGCGGCGGCGGCGAGCACCGGCAGGCGGCGACCAAACGGCGGCGGCGGCGGCGAGCACCGGCAGGCGGCGACCAAACGGCGGCGGCGGCGGCGGCGAGCACCGGCAGGCGGCGACCAAACGGCGGCGGCGGCGGCGAGCACCGGCAGGCGGCGACCAAACGGCGGCGGCGGCGGCGAGCACCGGCAGGCGGCGACCAAACGGCGGCGGCGGCGGCGCGCACCGGCAGGCGGCGACCAACCGGCGGCGGCGGCGGCGGCGGCGGCGAGCACCGGCAGGCGGCGACCAAACGGCGGCGGCGGCGGCGGCGAGCACCGGCAGGCGGCGACCAAACGGCGGCGGCGGCGGCGGCGAGCACCGGCAGGCGGCGACCAAACGGCGGCGGCGGCGGCGGCGAGCACCGGCAGGCGGCGACCAAACGGCGGCGGCGGCGGCGGCGAGCACCGGCAGGCGGCGACCAAACGGCGGCGGCGGCGGCGAGCACCGGCAGGCGGCGACCAAAUGGCGGCGGCGGCGGCGGCGAGCACCGGCAGGCGGCGACCAAACGGCGGCGGCGGCGGCGAGCACCGGCAGGCGGCGACCAAACGGCGGCGGCGGCGGCGAGCACCGGCAGGCGGCGACCAAACGGCGGCGGCGGCGGCGAGCACCGGCAGGCGGCGACCAAACGGCGGCGGCGGCGGCGACCAAACGGCGGCGGCGGCGGCGACCAAACGGCGGCGGCGGCGGCGAGCACCGGCAGGCGGCGACCAAACGGCGGCGGCGGCGGCGGCGGCGAGCACCGGCAGGCGGCGACCAAACGGCGGCGGCGGCGGCGGCGAGCACCGGCAGGCGGCGACCAAACGGCGGCGGCGGCGGCGACCAAACGGCGGCGGCGGCGGCGAGCACCGGCAGGCGGCGACCAAACGGCGGCGGCGGCGGCGAGCACCGGCAGGCGGCGACCAAACGGCGGCGGCGGCGGCGGCGAGCACCGGCAGGCGGCGACCAAACGGCGGCGGCGGCGGCGGCGAGCACCGGCAGGCGGCGACCAAACGGCGGCGGCGGCGGCGAGCACCGGCAGGCGGCGAGCACCGGCAGGCGGCGACCAAACGGCGGCGGCGGCGGCGGCGAGCACCGGCAGGCGGCGACCAAACGGCGGCGGCGGCGGCGAGCACCGGCAGGCGGCGACCAAACGGCGGCGGCGGCGGCGGCGAGCACCGGCAGGCGGCGACCAAACGGCGGCGGCGGCGGCGGCGAGCACCGGCAGGCGGCGACCAAACGGCGGCGGCGGCGGCGAGCACCGGCAGGCGGCGACCAAACGGCGGCGGCGGCGGCGAGCACCGGCAGGCGGCAACCAAACGGCGGCGGCGGCGGCGAGCACCGGCAGGCGGCGACCAAACGGCGGCGGCGGCGGCGAGCACCGGCAGGCGGCGACCAAACGGCGGCGGCGGCGGCGAGCACCGGCAGGCGGCGACCAAACGGCGGCGGCGGCGGCGAGCACCGGCAGGCGGCGACCAAACGGCGGCGGCGGCGGCGAGCACCGGCAGGCGGCGACCAAACGGCGGCGGCGGCGGCGAGCACCGGCAGGCGGCGACCAAACGGCGGCGGCGGCGGCGAGCACCGGCAGGCGGCGACCAAACGGCGGCGGCGGCGGCGAGCACCGGCAGGCGGCGACCAAACGGCGGCGGCGGCGGCGAGCACCGGCAGGCGGCGACCAAACGGCGGCGGCGGCGGCGAGCACCGGCAGGCGGCGACCAAACGGCGGCGGCGGCGGCGAGCACCGGCAGGCGGCGACCAAACGGCGGCGGCGGCGAGCACCGGCAGGCGGCGACCAAACGGCGGCGGCGGCGGCGAGCACCGGCAGGCGGCGACCAAACGGCGGCGGCGGCGGCGAGCACCGGCAGGCGGCGACCAAACGGCGGCGGCGGCGGCGAGCACCGGCAGGCGGCGACCAAACGGCGGCGGCGGCGGCGGCGAGCACCGGCAGGCGGCGACCAAACGGCGGCGGCGGCGGCGAGCACCGGCAGGCGGCGACCAAACGGCGGCGGCGGCGGCGAGCACCGGCAGGCGGCGACCAAACGGCGGCGGCGGCGAGCACCGGCAGGCGGCGACCAAACGGCGGCGGCGGCGAGCACCGGCAGAGAUAAUUCUUAG